AUGGCCGCUCAUCUUACCCUCCUCUUCAUAACAUCCAGUCUCCUCCCACUUCUCACUUCAUCUCAACCCACCGGAAAAAUAACCCUUGGAGCCUCUAUCUGCGCAAACGACACCUCCCCACCAUGGCUUUCCCCUUCGAAAGAGUUCGCCUUCGGCUUCCAACCCCUUUCCAAAAACAACAACAACUCUUCCUAUGUCCUCUCCAUAUGGUUCGAUAAAAUCCCUCCAAAAACCAUAGUCUGGUUCGACCGUUACACCGCGCCACUUGGCGCCACCCUAACCCUCGAGGCCAAAAACGGCCUCGUCCUCCGUGACUCUCGGGGCAACCCUCUCCACACCUACACCGAGAAUCUCGCCGGCCAAGUGGCUUACGGCGCCAUAACCGACUCCGGCAACCUCAUCCUCUCCGGCAACGCCGCCACUCAUUAUUGGGAGAGUUUCAAAAACCCGGCCGACACGAUCCUUCCCGGCCAGACGAUCGAGUCCGGCGGAUCGACACUCGUCUCUCGAAAAUCCCCAACCGAACUCUCGUACGGGAGAUUCUACACCGGAAUCAACGCCGACGGGAAGUUCGCCCUGACCACGAAAACCCUCCCGACGAACCUAAACGUCGACGCCGAGUACUACACCGCCGGGCCGGGCUCGAGCGAACGAGUCGCAUUCGCCGCGAAUCCUCCCGAGAUUACAAUCGGGAGCACCGUGAUUCUCCGCUCGAGCCUUCCCGCCGCGGAUUACUAUUUCCGGGCAACCAUCGAUUUCGACGGCGUCUUUUCGCUCUACCAAUAUCCGAAAAAGUUCGACGGAAAUUCGAAGUGGGAAAUUUCCUCCGGUGGAACCUUGCCGGAAAACGUGUGCCUCGCCAUCACCGGAGACAAGGGAAGCGGGGCUUGCGGGUACAACAAUGUGUGUAGCCUUAAAGACGGGAGGCCCGCGUGCCGGUGCCCGGACGGGUUCGUGCUGGUUGACCAGGAAAACGAGUACGGGGACUGUAGGGCGAAUUUCAGUGGGGACUGCCUUGGCCAGGCUGGGUUGGAUGAGUAUCGGUUGGUAACGAUUAAGGAUGUGGAUUGGCCGUUGAACGACUACGUGCAGAUGAACCGGAGCACGCUUGAAGAGUGUCGUGACGGUUGUUUGAAGGAUUAUUUGUGUGGGGCCGCCAUUUUCAGGAGCAACAGCUGCUGGAGAAAGAGGCUGCCUUUGUCUAAUGGGAGGGUUGAUACAAGUUUGGGAGCUGUGGCCUUUCUCAAGGUCAGGAAGUGA